GCUCAUGUUGAUGACUAUAAAUUUACAGAGUCAUCUCUGAAAGCUGCUGGUGCUGGAGAGAUCAUCUGUCACUUUUAAACACAAACGAAAUGUAAACGAGACCUGAACCAGACAGAUCAUUUUUUGGGGGGGUUGUAAUUAUCUCCAACAAUUCAUUAGGCGUUCCCAAAUAAUUGCAUUUAGUCAUGUAAAGCUAUGCCUUCAUCAAGUUCAUCAGAGUCCUCUGCUUCCAGAAUGAUCUUUUGUUGUCCCUGAGGGAUCUCGGCCUUUCUCGACCGCAUGAGUCUGGCCUUUCCAGCUCCUUGCUGCAAGGAUUGCCCCACCAAUCGUCAGGGUAGGCGAGGGAUUAGCUCCACAGAUUAGAGUGGCCAUCUCCAAACCAUGGCUAAUCCUGCCAUCUGUCAGAGAGCAACAAACCAGCCAAGACUCUCUUCACUGGGCUAAUUAGAAAAGCCAGAAGAGCGCACACUCAAAGAGAGGAGAAGGAAAUCUUCAAAGCGCACAAACUUUUCUGUUUAACAUCCAGCGAGGCAAUGGAGGAGACGUACCUUCUCAACUACCCGGGGGUCAAGAAGAAAAUCCUGGCAGGAGGCAAAGGACCACUGCCUCAUUUUCCUCCAGGGACAAAGCUGGUCUUCCAUUUCCAAACCCUGCUGGACAACUUUGAGCGGACGGUCAUCGAUGACAGUCGACUGGCCGGCAGACCUGCGGAGAUAUUUACCGGAAAGAUGUUCAAGAUGGAAAUUUGGGAGCCCAUUCUCACAUCCAUGAGGGUCGGAGAGGUGGCUGAAUUCUGGUGUGACGCCAUUCACACAGGCUUGUAUCCCAUUGUGUCCAAGGGAAUGAGGCUGAUUGCCCAAGGGAAAGACCCCCUGGAGGGCCAGAAACACAUGUGUGGCAUGGGGAAUCUGUUCCACUAUCACUCCACUGGUUUCCCUGAGCUCGACGAGAUAAUGCGAAAUCCUCAACCUCUCAUUUUCAUCAUGGAGCUGUUGCAGGUAGGAGACCCCUUGUCCUACCACAGAGAGUCAUGGAUGAUGGAGAAGGAUGAGAAGCUGCAGACAGUGCCGGUUCUCCACAUGCAGGGCAACGCUCUGGUCAAGCAGAAACAAUUCAGAGAGGCUGCCAGCAAGUACAAGGAAGCUGUUCUGCUGCUAAAAACCGUCCAAUCCAGGGAGAUGCCAGGUGAUGUAGACUACAUUAACUUGGGGCGAAUGAUUGUCCCCCUGGAGCUGAACUACUGCCAGUGUAUGCUGGAGCUGGAGGAGUACUACGAAGUCAUAGAGCACACAACCGAGCUGCUGGAGAAGCACAAAGACUGUGUGAAGGGCUACUACAAACGGGCCAAGGCUCACGCUGCAGUGUGGAAUGAAAAAGAAGCCCGGAGAGACUUCAGCAUGGUGGCCCAGCUGGACAUCACUCUGGCUGCGCUUGUUCGUCGAGAACUGAAGGCCCUGUCGGAGCGCAUAAAAGAGAAGUACUGGGAGGAGAAGGAGCAGUACUGGAACAUGUUGGAGAAAAUAGAGGGGAACAGUAAGGAGGAGGAGGAGGAGGAGGAAGAGGGACACGAUGAUGAGAAAACGACGAAAGAUGAAGAAAGAAAAAAGAAAGACAGCGAAGGUGACCUUGAAGGUGGCGCCACCGCGACCAAAGCGGGAGAGAAAAAUGAUUCGUCUGAAAUUAAAUGCGUGGAACAAGAAGAAUCUGGAGAAGAAAAGGUUACGCCACCUGAGGGAUUCAGGGAGGAAGAAAGCAGCUCUGUAGUCGAACUCGACGCUUGUGAUAAAAUCGAGGGGAAGGACUGGCAGCAGAUGUUACGGCUGGUCAUGUUGCUGCAGAGCGAAGGAAACUUUCUCAUCAAAGAACAACACUUUCAAGAAGCUUCUGCCAAGUUCAAGGAGGCCUUGGAAUACGUGGACUUCUUACAAAACAAGGUGGAUCAACACGGCGAGGACUGGGAGUCGCUGGAGAAGGUGCGUCUCCCUCUCAGCCUCAACCUCAGCCAGUGCAUGCUGGAGCUGAAACGAUACCAGGAGGUGGUGGAGCUAAACGGCAGGCUGCUGAGGAGCCAUGAAGGUAACUGUAAAGCGGUGUACCAGAGGGCCCGGGCACAUGCGGCUUUGCGCAACGAGGAAGAAGCUCGGAGGGACUUUGCCACGGUGGAGAAAUUGGAUCCAAAGUUUAAACCCUUUGUCCGGCAGGAGCUGAAAAUGCUGGGGGAACAUAUGCGCACCAGGCACGCCCUCCAGAACAAGAAUUACUGGGAGACAACAAAGGAGAAGUGGGGUCCUAGUGGGAGCAGGACCAAGGGUUUAGUGAGAAAGAAGAAUAGCAGCUCUGCUAAGAAAGCCACAGAAGACAACAAUGAGAUGGAGAAAAAGAGUGAAAGCGGCAAAGUCGAAGCGAGUGAAAGCCCAGAAGAUCACCACCUUGUUGAGACUGAAGGAGGCGGCGACACAGAAACGGGAGAAAGUCUCGAUCCGAAAGCAGAGCGUUGUGAGCAAGAGCAAAAGUGUGGGAGGACGAGUGAAUUGUGUUCAGAUAAAGAAAAAACAGGAAGGGUCGAGGCUCCGGGAGCAGAUAACCACAAAGCAGAUAGAGAUAGUGACCGGGCGUCCACCAGCUCAGAUAAUGUAGAGAGCCGGGGAUCAGCGUGUGAUAAAGGGAAGAAGGUCAAACGCCAAUCAAGAGAUGCACCAAACCCAAACGGAACAAAGUCAGGGACAGGAAAAGGAGACUCCAUCAGAACAGACCAAUAAAUUGACAUCAUUCUGUACAGAGUCAAAAGUUACAAGUGUAGGUGAAAUAAGAGUCCUAUAAAAGCAAUUAUAAUAUGGCUGGAGGUGGGGGAAAAAAAAAAAUCAGGAAAUGCUCAUUUUACCACCUAAAACCCAAAUAUAGACACAGAAUUACAGUUUAUAUAAACAGCAUGUAUUU